AUGACUGAUCCCAACAAGAUAAUCAUCAACUUGGCUCUCUUUGGUAUGACCCAGAGUGGAAAGAGCUCUGCUGGGAACAUUCUUCUGGGAAGCACUGACUUCCAUAGCAGCUUUGCUCCGUGUUCCGUGACCACAGGUUGUAACCUUGGCUGCAGUUGUCACCUCCACAAUUUCAUGCGGCGAGAGGGGCAAGAGGUCAUCCUGCAGUUCCGAGUGUUGGACACCCCAGGUUAUCCACACAGCAGGUUGAGCAUGGAGCACGUGAAACUUGAGAUCAAGCAAGCCCUGGCACAUCACUUUGGGCAAGAGGGGCUCCACUUAGCCCUGCUUGUCCAGAGAGCAGACGUACCUUUUUGUGGGCAGGAGGCAUCUUACCCAGUCCAGAUGAUACAGGAACUUCUGGGAAACAAUUGGAAGAAUUACACCGCUGUGCUUUUCACCCAUGCAGAAAAGAUCGAAGAAGCUGGGUUGCAGGAGGAUGACUACUUAGAGGAAGCCUCUGAGCCAUUGCAGAUAUUGCUCAAUUCUAUUCAGAACAGAUACGCUUUCCAGUACAAAAAAGGAAAUUCAGUAAAUGAGCAAAGAAUGAAAAUCCUAGAAAGAAUUGUGGGAUUUAUAAAAGAAAAUUAUUUCCAACCACUUACCUUUAAAUAA